UUUCAACUUUGAUCGCGUAUUUGAAGAGAAAAAAUGUUGGCUAUAGGCCUAAGAAAGCGAGCAUUUUUACACGGGAGCAAUUUGAAAAAUUUCUGAUGGAAGUACCGGAUGAAGAAUUUCUAGUUCACAAGGUAAUAUAAGCUAGUUUAGGUAAAAGAAAUACUCUAAUGAAGAUUUUUUCAUAAUUUGUGGGUCGCAAUGAUAUUGGGAAUAUCUGGUGCCUGUAGAAGAGAAGAAUUAUAUAAUAUUACUAUGAAUGACAUCCAACAAACCGAUGGUUUAAUGAUUGUAAAAGUACCCAAUACAAAAACGAACAUCCAGCGUACUUUUACAGUCGUUAAUAAACCAGACGAUAAAAUUCCAUAUUUAGAAAUUCUGCAAAAGUAUAUAAAACUUCGUCCAUUACAAGUAAAAUCAAAUCAUUUGUUCUUAAGAUACGCCAAAGGAAAAUGUUGUGCUCAAGUAAUAGGGAAAGGGACAAUCGGGGGCUGGCCUUCUCAAAUUGCCAAAUUCUUAAAUUUGCCUAAUCCCGAGAACUAUACUGGCCAUUCGUUCAGGAGGACAUCAGCAACGCUUUUGGCUAAUAAAGGUGUUGAUGUCCUCGGAUUAAAGGGUCGUGGAGGUUGGUGUUCAUCGACAGUGGCAGAAAGCUAUGAGUGAGUUUUGAUGAAUUGACUGCAGUCAUGUAGUGAACGUUAGUUAUUUUGUGAUGGACCAGCCUGGAUUUUCUUCUGGGCUGGUCCCCGGUCCAAGUCCCAGAUAACCGCCCACUGCAAAUAUCUGAGUCCACCUAAGUUUGCAUUAUGCAUUAUUAGCGCUGUUCUUCUCUCGACUGUGUCAAUAGUCGAAUUUCUUCGUAUUCAUCUUUAGCGCCUCACGGGCCUACAAAGGGAGCAUUUCUCUACCUGUUUGAGUGAGUGAACUAUUUUGGUUUAUUUUUGUUUCCCUGCGGUAACGUAGCUACCAUGUGUUAUUUUACCUAAUAUAACAUUUAGGUCAUUCCCGUUUUGGAUUUAAAAAAAAGAAAUAUAGACAUUUACUUUCGCAUAAAUUUCUAAUUCAAGAUAUAGACGCUUUCGCUUAAUGUUUUUGACAUUUACAGUGAAUUUGAAGUGUGUUUUUAUAUAGUUAAUUUUUUUAAUUAACGUUAUGCGAUUUCUGUUAUUA